AAGCAUAUGUUGCAGAUGCAUAGUUUGUUGAACCUUUUAUUAUCCGUCCUCAUUUUUAGUAUUAUAACAAUUUUAUUUAUGUUAACUAUGUCAUAUUAGCAGCUAACGCGAAACACUGCGAGAUGAAGGAACUGCCGAGUUGUUUAUUGAAACGUUAUCGUGCAUUGGACGAGGUAAUCAGGGACCUACGGUCGGUCACCGAAAGCAGGUCUUCAAAUCCGAAUUGUGAAUGUGGCUGUAAAAGUGAUCGUGGCCUCAAGCUUAUGUGCGAAUUUUGGAAUAUGCUCAAAGAUGAUUCCAAUUCUAAUCCAAAGAAAACGGAUCUCCAUACGGUUCCCCAAAGAUCAGGGGUUGAAGACUAUGAAACCCAUACUAGACCUCAAUGCACGACUUGUUAUAUGGCCAGAGGUAAAAAGUCUUGCAAAAAAUGCGGCGAGACUAAGAAUAGUUGCAAAGAAGAACCUCCCAUAAUUCCAACUCCUAUAAGCUCUGUUACUGACUGUGGUCAAAGUACACCUAUCUGUUCAGUUCUGUGUAAUUUUGAAGAGGCCGCGAAUUUCGAUCAGAAAUGCUCAGAUAAACUUAAGGAAUUAAUGGAAACUGAGCAGCAAUUGAAAGAUGCGAUUAAAAAAUUAGAAGAGCGCGAGAAAGAGAGCAUAAGAAUGUUAAGAGAGGCGGAUGUUAUGUGGAUGUCUAUGGAGGAUACUUAUAAGAAAAAAAUGGUUGAGACAUUUGAGAGACAGAAGUUACUCGAAAAAGAGCUAAGAGGAGUGGAGACAAGCACUAAGAAAUGGCGUGAAAAUAUGAAAGAACUAGAAGGGAAAAUUGAAAAAGUGGAUAAAUAUCGAUCCGAUGUUAAAGACAAAACAUCACAAAAAACUAAUGAUAUUAAGUAUCUUGAUACAGAAAUAAAAGAUCUGCAAAACAGAUUAGAAAAUAAUAAAAAAGAAAUUGAAGCAACGAAAAAAUCAAUGGUUACAAAAAGAGAAGCAACAGACAAAAAAAUUGCAAAAUAUAGGGAAGAUAUAAAGAAUUUGGAAAAAGUUGUCGCCGAGGAAAACAAGACAAAAAAAGAAAAAGAAUUUCAAGGAUCAAAAAUCAUUAAGGAAGCAAGAGAUGAUUUGCAAAAGAUUUGCGGUGUUUUAUUAAAGAAAAAGUUAGAAAAUGAAGAUUUGAGAGCGGAGAGAGCAGCUUUGUCAUCAGAAAUCGAAUUAUUAUUACAAGCACGUGAUAAAUGUAGAGACAAGUGUGAUUUAAGACAAAAAUCAAUUGAAAAUCAAAUUCAGAAUCUAGAUAAAGAUAUACACGACCAACAAACAAAGUGUAGUAAAUGUAACCAAUGUACUGACACUGUUGAAAUAAAUAGAUUUUGUAGCGACUGUCCUAAAUGUUUGGAGGAAAGAAGUUGUGCUUUGCUAGGUGAUCAUUGUGGUAUUGACCAUACAAUGGAUUGCAUUUGUACAACAGUGAAAAGAAAGUUUUUGGAUAAUGUGUUUGAAAAUAUGUACACCGUAUUAGAGAGACAAAUAAAAAAAGGCAGCGGGAAGGCGGUAGCUGAGCAGAUUUUGGAAUGUUUGAAGAGAAGUAGGAACGGUAAAUUAGACGAUAAAACAAGAAAAAUGCUACAAGAAUUUAUACUGACUGCAGUGAAGAAACAUUUAAAUCUGACUAUAGUUGGCGGCGCUGUUAAAACUAGAUGUGAACUGGAUCCAGAUAUGUACAGGCAGUUGAUGAUUUGUCUGCAAAAAGUACAAGUCUCGAAGCCAGAAAAAGUCGACAAAGGGACAAUAUCCAAAAAGGCGCCAUGUUAUCGUUGGGGAGGAACCAGUGAAUGUAACUGCCCUAAGGGUCCGAAGGAUUGCAUCUGCACGAAGAAAUCCCCGCCCGCGCCCCAUGACCCCUCGCCCUGCCCUGUGGACGACGACUACGAGGAUGACAACAAGAAAUUAUGCCCGUAUAAAGAUAAAAGGAUUUGUGGACCAGAAUGUGGUAAAGAAGAUGAAAAAUUCAAACAGAUGAUGAAUGAAAUCUCGAAAGCGAGAUGUGACACUUGCAGCGGUUCCACUUGCAAAAUGUCGAAAAAUAUGAGAACUGCAACUUGUGUAUUGGAACCGGAGAUAUCUAGCACAAUACCAACGAGAGAUUCUAACAUUCCAAAACCUAAAUUGAAACCGCAUCAGACGGAUCAGCGCUACUGUGAUUGUUUUUAUCCUGCAAGCCAUUCGAAAUAUGAACAAGAUACAAAAAAGUUAAAUAAAAGCCAACGCGCCGUUCAGACUACAUGCCCAAUAACAAUUAGUUUAAACGAUUGCUUUUUAAAAAUAGCAAAAACACCAUCCGGAGCCUCUGUUCUUGAAUUUGAUAAAGAUUUUCUGAAAGUCUUAGAAAAUGAAAGUAAAUUGCAUCCACCUUCAUCAACAAAGUUAAUAAUAACAGAUUCCGGUCAAAUUUUAAUAGAAUUCAAAUCUGAAUUUUAUCGUAAUUCAAGUAUUGAUAGAAUGAUGAAGCUAAAAAAAGUAAUACCAGGAUGUUUAUUUUUCAAAGGAAAUAAAAACGUUUCCGAAUUAAUUGAAAAAAGUGUAGACAAGAUGCCUCAAGUUAACAUAAAUUUACAUAAAAAAGAUGAUCAAAUGCAACCAAAUGCUGUAUUGAGAAAAACUCAAUCUGGAAUAGUUCUGAUUAUUGCUACGGAACCAUUGGAACAAGUUCAUAAAAGAUUGCUAGCUUUAUUACCCGACACAUACACAAAGUUAAAGGUUUUACAAAAUGACGAUAGUGUUUACGAUUUUCCUGGAGUACUAAAAUCAACACCUUCACGAAAUUACAUUCUCGCUAUUGAUAAAGAGUUUGAAAAAUGUUUAAAAGCAACAGUUAAAAACAUAAUCAAAGAUGAUAGUACAGCUAUUCUGACACUGAGAAAAAGCGAGUCUGGCAGUCAUCUGGUGAAAUUUGGAUGCUGUAAAACUGAACCACAAACAGAGAUUGGUAUUUUAAAGAAAACACGUUCGGGGAACAUAAAAAUUCUUUCGAAUGCACCAUGUGAUCUCAGUUUAGUUAAAAAAGUUAUUUCCGGAUCCGAAGAAGCGAUGAAACUAUCAAAAUGUUGUAAAGAAUUGGUUCUUAAUAUACCAAAAACAAAAUUCUACCAAGUAACAAACCAACUAUACAACAUAUAUGAGAAUCAAUUUUCAUCAUCGAAAAAACCUGAAAAAUUAACAAAACAAAAUCAAGUUGGUAAAUCAUUAGGAAAAACUCCUUUAUACAAGGAUUUAAAAGCGAAUUUUAUUAAAAACAUAAAAAGUUUCUUAGAUUCAUCAAAGUCUUUACCAAUUAAAUCCACUGUGUCUGACAGUAUAAUUUUAUUCGUUAGAAGACGUAGUUCCAAGGCUCCUAUAUUGUUGAAAUUCACUCGUUCCAGCAAUAUCUAUGUUUCUAAGCUGAAGAAAAGAUCAAUCAAAGAUGUUGCUUCAGUUAACAGUUCACAUUUACAUAAUACACCGAAUAGACAAAUGGAAAACAAAUUAGUUGGAACUAAAACAAUAGUACAAAAUGAGAAUGAUUCCUGUGAUUUAUUGGAAUUCGAUUCAAAUAUGACUAUGUUAUAUCAUGAAGUUUCUAGACUUAUUCAACCAGAAACAAUUGGUACAAUGAAAUCCUCCAGCAAAGAUAUCGCACUUACUAUACGCGGGAAAAGAAAUUCUAUUAAAUCGGAUAAAACUAGACCGCAUAUAGUGAUCAAACCAACCUCGGGGAUGUCUUGUGUGUACCAUAAUAGUGAAUUCAAUGAGUUAAGUGAAUUAGGUUCUAGAAACAUCUUUGAUAUGGAAAAUAAAAAUAAAGCAAAUGAAGAAGUGGGUAACAGUGAAAAUGAAGAAGAUAAAAAACGUUGUUGGGAUUCUUUGAGAUUCUUACCUCCACAGCUUCCCUCUUUCCUAGGAGAAGUUGUUCACAUGUACAAUUAGAUAUGACUACCAAUGAUAGAUCUUUACCAAUAAGUUGUUUAUGUUUAAAUGCAGUGUAACAUGAAAAGUUAAACAAUAUUAAAUACUUUCCCGCUACUGGUUUCACUUGAGCGUUUAUAUAUUUGAUUUGUAUUAAAAUUCUGUCCUACGUCUUGAGAAAUUAGUCAGCAAAAAGUAAGACUGGAAGUAUCAAACUGUUAACAUCCUGGAAUAAAGUGUUAUAAGAAAAAAGGGUCGUGUCAAAGUACACUUGCGAUUACUCCGAAAUAAGGGUCGGUACUAUAAAGUUUUACAGGCGGAUCGAUACAGGACACCGACUCAUUUGUAUUCCGUGUGGUAGCUUCACAAAAUCAAGGAGUAUGUGAUUCGAUUUCUAUGCGCUUUAGAUCUUUAUAGAGUUGUUACAUUUAUUAAAAGUACUUUAUUUUUUAUUACUGAGUAAUGACGUAACUUAGAAUUAAUUCGCAAUUUCAUAGGACAAUGAUA